GAUGAUUCAUAUAGCCGAUUCCAACUUGCUCGGGGUUGAGAUGUAGUUGUUUACUUUAUUAAUGUUGCUGCUCUACUACUGUGAACAUAAAUUCAUCACCUUGCUUUUUAUGGCUCCAGUUUAGUAAGUGGACAGCUGGAGUUGUUCAGGUCAAUGCAAGUCAAUCACCAACUAACUGAUCACCCUAACCAGGGUCCCGUGGUUCUUGGGCAGCAUGCUCCAGAAGUGAUGUCCUUUGGUGUAAGCAACAUGGAAGACAUUGACCAAGAAAUGCAGUUGCUUGAUUCUAUCAAAUUCAAUAGCGUCGAGAUGCCUGAAGCGUAUCAUGAGGGUAUGAAUGAUGUGACAGAAGUCUCCGGACAUGCUGAAGAGAAGCAGCCAGUAUAUCAUCGUAUGAAAUGGACAGAUGAGAUGGUUAAGCUUUUGAUUACUGCUGUUUCUUACAUCGGAGAAGAUGUUUUGUCCAAUAGGCUUUUCAUCAAGAAGGGUAAAUGGAGGGCCAUUUCCUGUGUUAUGGCUGAAAGAGGUCAUCACGUCUCUCCUCAGCAAUGUGAGGAUAAGUUUAAUGAUCUGAACAAAAAGUUCAAGAGACUGAAUGAUGUACUUGGGAGAGGCACUGCAUGUCAUGUCGUGGAGAACUCAGCGCUUCUAGAAAUGAUGGACUUAUCUGACGAUUUGAAAGAGGAAAUAAAGAAGCUUUUAGGUAGCAAACAGUUGUUCUACCAAGAACUGUGCUCAUACAACAAUCAGAAUAGAUUAUUCCUUCCCCAUGAUCAGGAAGUUCAGAAAUCUGUGCUGUUGGCUGUAAAGGGUAAAGACAAGUGUGAAACCGAAAACGUGUUGCAGGAUUUUCCUUUGAAGAGGAAGACAGGUGGAGAAGAAAGAGUUUCAAACAUGACUUGUGGGUCUCUGAAUUGUACCACUACAGCAAAUCCUAAUUUGGUGCAUGAUAUGCCUGCGAAGAGGAAAGUUGGAGGAGAAGAAAGAGAAUUGAAUAUGGCCCAUUCAUCUCUGAAUGGUACCACAACAUUAGAUCCAAAUGUGCUUCAUCCUUAUAACAAUGAGAUUCACGCUUCUAUGAACAAUGAGGAGAGAGAAAUACAGGACGAGCAUGUUCCCCCUCGCUUACUACAGUUGGAAGAACAAAAGCUACAAAUUCAGGCUCAAAUUCUGGAAUUGGAGAAGAAGAGGUUCAAGCACAUGAGAUUCUGCAGUAAAGAAGACAAGGAGCUACAAAAGAUGAUGCUGGAUAAUGAGGCUAUCAAGCUUGAGAAUCAGCGUUUGGUGCUUGAACUCAAACGCAGUGGAAUGCGGCCUUUUGACUGAAUUAUGUACCAGUGCUGCAGUAUAUGUGGUCUGUACUUGUUCUUGAAGCACCCUCUGUUAAACUUGGAACAUGUAUUUUCUCCUCUUGUUUUUGUUUGCUUUUUUUCAAUGUAGGAAGUGCAAACUUUUAAUCCCUUCUUGUUCAGCCUUUGGACUGAAGCAUAACCUUGUUAGCACUUAAUUGGACUAGUUUAUUUAUAAU